CGGAAGCACGUCAUGCACUGGCGCCGGGGCGCUUGUUUGGCGCGCGCGCCCUAAGCUUUGGGGCUGAGCUAGCGUCUUGGGAUUUCUCUUAUUUCUCCUUGCUUUUUGACUUUCUCCGGUCGCUGUUGUCUCCGAUUUUCGAUAUGCCGUCUUCUUUGCUGGGCUCGGCAAUGCCGGCGUCCACGUCGGCCGCAGCCCUGCAGGAAGCUUUGGAAAAUGCGGGGCGGCUCAUCGACCGUCAGUUACAAGAAGACCGCAUGUACCCGGACCUUUCCGAUCUGCUCAUGGUGUCUGCCCCAAAUAAUCCCACUGUUUCUGGCAUGUCAGAUAUGGAUUAUCCUCUACAAGGACCUGGUUUGCUGUCAGUACCCAACCUGCCAGAGAUCAGUUCCAUUCGAAGAGUUCCUCUCCCACCUGAACUUGUUGAACAGUUUGGACAUAUGCAGUGUAACUGCAUGAUGGGCGUGUUCCCUCCUAUCAGUAGAGCUUGGCUCACAAUCGACAGUGACAUAUUCAUGUGGAACUACGAAGAUGGAGGAGACCUUGCCUAUUUUGAUGGACUUAAUGAGACUAUUCUUGCUGUGGGGCUUGUGAAACCAAAAGCUGGCAUCUUUCAACCUCACGUACGACAUCUUCUGGUUUUGGCAACCCCUGUGGAUGUAGUGAUUCUUGGACUCAGUUAUACUAAUUUGCAAACAGGUUCUGGAGUUCUCAAUGACAGUAUGUGUGGUGGAAUGCAGUUACUUCCAGAUCCUUUAUAUUCUCUUCCUACUGAUAAUACUUACCUUUUAACAAUAACUUCCACUGAUAAUGGCAGGAUUUUCUUGGCUGGAAAGGAUGGCUGUUUAUAUGAAGUAGCAUACCAAGCAGAAGCAGGCUGGUUUAGCCAGAGGUGUAGGAAAAUAAACCACUCAAAGAGUGCACUUUCUUUCCUUGUUCCUUCAUUACUACAGUUCACAUUCUCUGAGGAUGAUCCUAUUGUUCAAAUUGCAAUUGAUAAUUCAAGAAAUAUUUUAUAUACACGAUCAGAGAAAGGAGUAAUACAGGUGUAUGAUUUGGGCCAUGAUGGACAAGGAAUGAACAGAGUUGCCUCAGUGUCACAGAAUUCUAUUGUUUCUGCUGCUGGAAACAUUGCUAGGACCAUAGAUCGUUCUGUUUUUAAGCCAAUUGUUCAAAUAGCAGUGAUUGAAAACUCUGAAUCACUGGACUGUCAGUUAUUGGCUGUCACACAUGCAGGUGUAAGACUGUAUUUCAGCACUUGUCCGUUCAGACAGCCAUGGACACGCCCUAAUACAUUGACACUGGUCCACAUCCGCUUACCUCCUGGAUUCUCAGCAUCUUCAACGGUGGAAAAGCCUUCAAAAGUACAUAAAGCUCUCUAUAGUAAAGGUAUUCUACUGAUGGCAGCCUCAGAAAAUGAAGAUAAUGACAUUUUGUGGUGUGUCAACCAUGAUACAUUUCCUUUCCAAAAGCCAAUGAUGGAAACCCAGAUGACAACUCGUGUUGAUGGUCAUUCCUGGGCUCUUUCUGCAAUAGAUGAGUUCAAAGUAGAUAAGAUAAUCACACCCUUAAAUAAGGAUAAUAUUCCCAUAACUGACUCACCAGUUGUUGUACAGCAGCACAUGUUACCUCCAAAGAAGUUUGUUCUCCUCUCAGCACAGGGGAGUCUUAUGUUUCAUAAACUUAGACCUGUAGAUCAACUGAGGCAUCUACUUGUGAGUAAUGUGGGUGGAGAUGGAGAAGAGAUUGAAAGAUUCUUUAAAUUACAUCAGGAAGACCAGGCCUGUGCAACUUGCCUUAUUCUUGCUUGUUCCACUGCUGCCUGUGACAGAGAAGUAUCUGCUUGGGCCACUCGGGCUUUCUUCAGGUAUGGUGGUGAAGCACAGAUGAGAUUUCCAGCCACUCUCCCCGCUCCCAGUAAUGUUGGUCCCAUCCUGGGGUCUCCUGUCUACUCUGGUUCUCCUGUUCCUAGUGGUAGUACAUACCUGAAUCCAUCCUUUUUGGGAACACCAUCUCAAGGUGUUCAUCCUCCUGCUAUGUCAACUCCAGUGUGUGCUAUGGGAAAUCCAGCAACUCAGGCCACAAGUAUGAGUUGUAUGGCUGGACCAGAGAUUGUGUACUCUGGAAAACACAAUGGUAUUUGCAUUUACUUUUCUCGAAUCAUGGGAAACAUCUGGGAUGCUAGUUUAGUUGUGGAGAGAGUAUUCAAGAGUGGCAACAGAGAGAUCACUGCAAUUGAAAGUAGUGUUCCCUCCCAGCUGCUGGAGUCAGUGCUACAAGAACUGAAAGGUUUGCAAGAAUUUCUAGACAGAAACUCCCAGUUUACAGGAGGACCAUUAGGAAAUCCAAAUGCUACUGCCAAAGUGCAGCAGAGGCUGAUAGGAUUCAUGCGCCCUGAAAAUGGAAAUACCCAGCAAAUGCAACAGGAGCUGCAGAGGAAGUUUCAUGAGGCUCAACUGAGUGAAAAGGUUUCACUUCAGGCAAUCCAGCAGUUGGUUCGAAAAUCAUACCAGGCUCUGGCUUUAUGGAAACUUCUUUGUGAACAUCAGUUCACUGCCAUUGUAGGAGAACUUCAGAAGGCAAAUGAGCUUCUCCAGCGUUCCCGACAAGUUCAAAAUAAGAUUGAAAAGGAAAGAAUGUUAAGGGAAUCAUUAAAGGAGUAUCAAAAAAUCAGCAAUCAAGUGGACCUGUCCAGUGUUUGUGCUCAGUACAGACAAGUGCGUUUUUAUGAGGGUGUAGUGGAGCUCUCUCUUACUGCUGCAGAGAAAAAAGAUCCUCAGGGUCUUGGACUUCAUUUCUAUAAACAUGGAGAACCAGAAGAAGACAUCGUGGGACUUCAGGCUUUCCAAGAAAGAUUAAACAGUUACAAGUGUAUUACAGAUACACUUCAAGAACUGGUAAAUCAAAGUAAGGCUGCUCCUCAGUCUCCCAGUGUGCCCAAAAAACCCGGACCUCCAGUGUUGUCAUCUGAUCCCAAUAUGCUGAGUAACGAAGAAGCAGGCCAUCAUUUUGAACAAAUGCUUAAAUUGUCUCAAAGAUCCAAAGAUGAACUCUUUAGUAUUGCCCUUUAUAAUUGGCUAAUACAAGCUGACCUUGCAGAUAAACUGCUACAGAUUGCUUCUCCAUUUCUGGAGCCACAUCUAGUCCGAAUGGCCAAAGUUGAUCAAAACAAAGUUCGUUACAUGGAUUUACUUUGGAGGUAUUAUGAGAAGAACAGAAGUUUUAGCAAUGCUGCUCGUGUCCUAUCCAAAUUGGCUGACAUGCAUAGCACAGAAAUUUCACUUCAGCAGCGACUAGAGUACAUUGCUCGUGCCAUUCUUAGUGCCAAAAGUUCCACUGCCAUUUCAUCAAUAGCUGCAGAUGGUGAAUUCCUUCAUGAAUUAGAAGAAAAAAUGGAAGUUGCUAGGAUCCAACUUCAGAUACAAGAGACACUACAAAGGCAAUAUUCCCAUCAUUCUUCUGUACAGGAUGCAAUUUCUCAGCUGGACUCUGAGCUAAUGGACAUAACUAAGCUUUAUGGGGAAUUUGCUGACCCAUUUAAACUUGCAGAAUGUAAACUUGCAAUAAUUCAUUGUGCCGGUUAUUCAGACCCUAUACUGGUGCAGACGCUUUGGCAAGAUAUCAUAGAGAAAGAACUGAAUGAAAGCGUGACAUUGAGCUCCCCAGACAGGAUGCAUGCUCUUAGUCUCAAGAUUGUGCUCCUUGGCAAGAUGUAUGCCGGCACACCUCGUUUCUUUCCUCUAGAUUUUAUUGUGCAGUUCUUAGAGCAGCAAGUUUGUACUUUGAACUGGGAUGUGGGUUUUGUGAUACAGACAAUGAAUGAAAUUGGAGUGCCAUUACCUAGACUACUGGAAGUAUAUGAUCACUUGUUCAAGUCACGGGAUCCAUUCUGGAACAGAAUGAAGAAGCCACUGCACCUUUUGGAUUGUAUACAUGUACUGUUGACAAGAUAUGUUGAAAAUCCUAGCCAAGUUUUAAAUUGUGAGAGGAGAAGAUUCACAAAUCUCUGCCUGGAUGCCGUUUGUGGUUAUCUGGUUGAGCUCCAGUCUAUGAGCUCCUCCGUAGCAGUACAGGCCAUCACUGGGAAUUUUAAAUCUCUUCAGGCUAAACUAGAACGGCUUCAUUAAUUAUUGUAAUGUAUUUUCAUCCAUGUGUUUUGAUCUGUAAAAUAAAAGCUCAGCUGGGUCCAGAUUUCAGGUGCUAUAAAUCUAAGAAUUUAAGAAUAAUUUUAGUAGAAACAAUGUUUUUAAUAAGUGGCUGGUAUCAGCAGACAGUACAUUUGCAGGUGAAUUUUUUUUUACUACAUAAUACUAUUUUGUUUUUUAAUAAUCAGGUUAAACAAAUGAAAUAAGAUUAUGAUUUUAACACAAAGAUAAAAAAAUAAAAAACUCUUA